AUGAAUUGGCUUGCAAGAAGAGUUGGAGAAGUAAUCGAGAUCGCCUAUGGAACGAAGGGUCCACAGAAGGAGACCUUUGUCCACGCGCACGUCAAGCUCAAAAUUGCUGAUCCUCCAAUCCAAUCCAAGAUGGUCAACCUGUCUACUAGAGGGAGUGUGACAAUUGAAAACAAAUAUGACAAGCUAAGGAAAUAUUGCUUCCAUUGCCACGGUAUUAACGAUGAGAGACCGAUGUGUCCCUUCUCACAUAAUCGGAUCCCUUCUAUGCCUCUGAAACAUCGAGUGGAGCAGACUGUCAUGGUGGCUGAUCAAGCUCUCCAGUUGGUCUCUGUGGUUGCAGAUCAUCCAUCGGUCAUGCCAGGUUUUCCUCCCUUCUUUGCUGAGUUGCCUAUGGAAGAGAGACAUGUAGCUUUACAAUAUGUCUCCCACAGCGAUACUACUGAACGUCAGGCUCGCAUCGAGAGAGUCAAACAGUCCAUUGAGAACCCGCAUCGAUGCAUCUCUCAAACUUUCAAGGAUAUCUCAUGA